CGCAUCUCUGCAGACCUCAAACGAUCCCCACGAGUUCGCUCUAUGGGGUCGCAGGGGCCACAGGAGACCAGCAGCCCCUUUCCGGGUCCCCGUCCGGAGUGGCCAGUGCAGCGGCUACUUCGCGCUCUGCACCGAGGCCGGCUGACCCCAAGCCGGGGCAGCACAGGAAGAAGACGUGUGGCCACACCGAAGGCGGGAGGCCUCCCGCGGCCGCAGCAAGCCGAUCUCGUGACAGGACGGCGGCCGGGUCCGCCUCGCACGCCCUCUGGCCGGUGGGGCGAGGGGGGACGCCAGGCCGAGCCACACCCUCGGUCAGCCGCAGUCCUCCCGUUCCUCCUCCGCGGCCUCCCAGAUCCCCCUCGCCCCCCAACCGGACGCCGCAGCAUCCCAGCCCGACCCGGGUCGCCGCCACCGCGGGGCUCACCAUCCUGUCACCGGGAUUCCGUUCAGUCACCACGAACGCCGCUGCCCUCUUCCUCAGGCACCUCGCUGACCCGCCCACUUCUUCCGCCACCAAUGAGACGACGAGUUUGCGAGAGACUGUCCUACGGCGGCCCGUAAGGGUCUUUCCCCGUCAGAGAAAAAAAAACGUGUUUGGGAAAGCAAUUCAAACUCUAUCACGAGUGAGCGAUGAACUGUGGCUAGACCCGUCUGAAAAAGGUCUUGCUCUGAGAUCUGUGAAUUCUUGUCAUUCCACAUAUGGCUACGUCCUGUUCUCGUCUGUGUUUUUUCAACAUUAUCAAUGGUCCCCCUCAGCCACGAUAACAGACAGUGACAUACCACUGAAUUUAAAUUGCAAACUGGCAAUAAAGUCAAUCCUGCCAAUCUUUAGAUGUCUGAAUUACCUUGAAAGAAGCAUAGAGAAGUGUACAAUGGUCGCCAGAUCGGACAGAUGCAGAGUCGUCAUCCAGUUCUUCGGCAGGCAUGGUAUUAAAAGAACUCACAAUGUGUAUUUCCAAGACUGCCAGCCCUUGAAAAUUCUCUUUGAAAAGAGCUUGUGUGCGAACAUCCUGAUGAUUAAACCAAGACUGCUGGCUGAGGCCAUUGCUCUUCUAACAUCGAAUCAAGAGGAAGUCACCUUCUCCGUUACCCCAGAGAAUUUCUGCCUCAAGAGCUCGAGUGGGGAAUCACUGGAUUUAACCAGCUCUGUGUACAGUGAGAUGUCUUUUGGCCCGGAAGAGUUUGACUUCUUUCAGGUUGGACUUGAUACCGAGAUAACCUUUUGCUUUAAAGAACUGAAGGGGAUCCUCACCUUCUCAGAAGUGAUGCACGCACCCAUUGCCAUCUACUUUGACUUUCCUGGAAAACCAGUUGUUCUGAGUGUGGAAGACAUGCUCUUGGAGGCGAGCUUUAUCCUGGCCACCUUAUUGGACUAUCCAAGUAGAACAUCUUCACCACAGUCACUGCGCCUUUCCCAGGCACGAAGGUCAGACCCCACACUGUCCGGUGCUCAGGAGGGUAAAAGCCGAGUCAGCCAGACCCCAGAGAGCAUCUCUCGAGCAGCGCCCAAAAGGCUGUUUCCCAAGGAUCCUCCUGACAGCAGCUCUGCAGCAGAGACCAGGAGAGCCAGCGCCAGCCAGGAUGACAUCUCCGAGGUGCCUGAGAGUGUUGUCAGUGAUAUGGAGGAAGGGCAAAGUCCCUCACCCCUCAGAAAGUUUUCCUGCAUGUUCUUUGGAGCAGUAUCUUGUGAACAGCAAGAGCAUGCCAACCACCCCUUGGGCAGUCUGGCAGUAGCAAGCGACAGUGAACAGGACGCGAGUGGAUGAACGUCCACGCUAAGGCUGUAAUAGCCACACCGGGCGCUUGGCUCCCUGAAGGCCAAGGGGAAACUGAGCAAACUGUCCCAGGAUGCCCUGGAGACAGUGUCUCUGCUCUUGCCAGGAUCACUGUGCACUAAAAUCUGUGUCACUUGGGGGACAGAGCUGGCCGCACAAGGAUGAGCCAUCGGGGUUAGAUGCCACUGUUUAACCCUGCAGCCUUGGCAUGUCCCCUGUGGAUCCCUAAGGCAGACUUCCCUCAGCAUCUGGGUGAGGUGGAGCUUCUGUACCUGACAGCAGCCUUCCAGCUUAUGUGAGACCUGACAGGCUUUGUUCAGUGUUGUUUUUCAGAGUAGAGAAAAGGUGGUGAAUAAAAGACAUACAGUUAACUUCA